AUGGGAAAAUGCCUCAAACUUGGAUAUUCCCCCAACUGCUAUACCUUUAACACCUUAAUCAAUGGCUUUAUCCACUGUGAUAAGCUUCCUCAAGCUCUUCAAUUGCUCGAGCAAAUUGUUAAGCUAGGUUUCCAACCCAACAUUGUUACCUAUGGUGCUAUUUUCAAAGGCCUUUGUCGGAUUGGUGACAAUGCUUCUGCCCUCCACUUGCUCAGGAAAAUGCAAUCUAAUCCUUGUCAGCCUGACCUUGUCAUAUAUAGUACCAUCAUUGAUAGUCUCUGUAAGGAUAGGCAGUUGAAAGAGGCCCUCGACCUGUUCACCGCCAUGAAAAGUGAGGGCAUGAUACCUGACGUUAUCACUUAUAACUCCUUAAUUAGAGGUCUCUACAACUCUGGCUCCAAAGUCGAGGCUAAUGAUAUGCUAGUUGAGAUGUUGGAGCGUAAUGUAGCACCAGAUGUUCCCACCUUCAACAUGCUGGUUGACAUGUUUUGCAAAGAUGGGAAUAUUGAUGAAGCACAAGCUAUUCUAGACUACAUGAUUGAGAGAGGUGAGGUGCCAGAUGUCAUAACUUACAAUGCUUUACUCGAUGGUUAUUGUUCGCGUGGUCAGAUGGAGGAUGCGGAAAAACUACUUGGUCUCAUGGUGCAACAUGGUUGUGAGCCUGAUACUGUAAGUUUUAAUACUAUGAUUAAUGGAUAUUGCAAGGCUAGAAACAUUGACAAGGCACUCUUAUGCAAACAUGCGCUACUUGAUGAGGCAAUAGCAUUACUUGAAGAUAUGGAAUAUAAUGGUGUUCAGUCUAAUAUUGUCAUCUACAAUAUCCUAAUGGACAAUUUGUGUGAGGCUGGGCAACUUGAAGAUGCAGCCAAUUUCUUCUCCGAUCUUGUAUUGAAGGGUCUACAGCCUAAUGUUAAAACAUACACUACUAUGAUGAAAGGUUUUUGCAAGAAAAGGCUCAUGAAUGAAGCUGUUGAAUUGUUGACAAUAAUGGAGGAAAAUGGUUGUUAUCCUGAUGAUCGUACCUAUAAUACAAUUAUCAGAGGAUUUAUUGUCAACAAUGACUUAUCAAAUGCAUUCUACUACUCUGACCUUAUGGUUAGCAAGGGUCAUGAAGCUGAAGCUGAUACGUUCUCGUUAUUUAUUGGCCUCUUGUCUUCUGAUAAUUUAAGUGACUCGGCAAAGGACCAGAUAAGGAAAUUCAUCAAAUGAUGAAUAAAACCAGAACAGGAUAAUUAUGACUAAGUUUUGGCGAUAUGCAAGAUCUCAGUAUAGUUGAGAUGUUCCUCCAUGUUGUUUGUAAUGUCUAAAACGAUACGAGUCACACGUUAGAUUACUUGUACUUUGGCUUGAGAUUUUGCUUUUAGUUUCUUUGUCUACUUCACCUCAAGUCCCUGAUAACCAUCUUAUUUUAUGACUCUUGGGCUGUUUGUUUCUUCAUUGUAUUAAGUUGGAUGUGUGCUGAUAAUAUAUGAUGUUUUGUUUCUAUGAUAGAAAAAGCUGAUGAAGCAUCCUUUCA